AUGUGGGCUUGGGUGAGAGCUGAGCUGGUCAGUCUGGGCCACUGGGACUGCACCUCUCAGGGGGAGCAUUUGAACACCCAGAGGUCUAUGCUGAUCCUGGGGAUUCCCAAGGACUGUAGUGAGGAUGAAUUUGAGGAGACUCUGCACGAAGCUCUCAGGUAUCUGGGAAGAUAUAGGAUCAUUGGCAGGAUGUUUAGGAGGGAGGAGAACGCCCAGGACUUUCUGGUGGAACUUGCACGUGAUUUUGACUAUGCUUUGGUGCCUAGGGAAAUACAAGGAGUGAUGGUGAACCCUCCUACUUCAUAUAAUGAAUUUCUUAAUAGACUGAACCACUUCUUAGAGGAAGAGAGGCACACAGUGUCAGAUAUGAACAGGGUUCUUGGGACAUACUCUAAUUAUUCACCUACCAGCGCUGUAUCAGUAGAUGUCUGGGCCUGGGCUCCGACUCGCAGUGCAGUUGUGCAGCCUCUGCUGGGACAAAUGCUAUACCGAGAAUUAAGAGCCUUUUCUCGGAACACCAUGCCAGUCCCAGGGUUAUUUGAUGCCUGGCUUGAGCACGCCACUGAUGGUUAGAGGUUAGAGAUGUGGCAGGUACCUGAGGUGGAGAAGAGGUGGAGAAGAGAAGAGGUGGAGGCUGAUGGAACGCUACAAGUGGUCAAUGUGCUCCGUGUCAACAAUGUUGCCGUCACAGGGAAGGAGUAUCUGGAGGCUCUGCAGCAGGUAUUUGGGCCCAUGGAAAACCGAAAAAUUGCCCAGCUGAAAUUUUGUAAGGCUUAUCAGGAGCUAGGAGAGAAAGUUUCUAGCUUUGUGGUGCUUGAGACUCUGCUCCAAAAAGCCCUGGAGAAAAAUGCAAUCUCAUGAAUGAAUGUGACUCAUACCCUCCUGAAAAAAAUCUUAGGUGCCAUCCUUACUGGAAAACUUAGAGAGAAACUUAAGAUGAUGAAACAGUGCAGGAAGCCACCUGGUUUCAUGGCCCUGGUGAAGCUUUUUCAUGAGGAGGAGGAGUGGGAGGCUACUAGGGGUCCAGAGAAGAGGUGCCUACAGGGGCGGUUAGGCCCAAGUCCAUCUAAUAUAGGCAGCAGUCUUGAGACAAGGCCUUACCAGGGUCCCCAUCUCCGGAGGAUCAGAGGCCAGCACCAAAGGGGAGGUGUGCCCAGGGACAGAUCUCAAGGUACAAGAAAGCAGAAUUAUGACACAUUCUGUUACAGUUGUGGGGAAGAUGGCCACACCAGAGUACUCUGCUUUAACCCCUCCAACUGGCCCUUAGUGAAGCAGAAAAGACAGGCUGGAAUGGAGAUGGGAAAUGGGGCCUGGGCUUGAGAGAAGAGCUAUCCCAAGCCCAAGACCAAGUAG